CAAAUGUAAAAAAACUGAACCUAUAUAUUAGAGCUUGACUCACUUAAAAGCCUGACGUAUCUUGAUGAUCGGUACUUCGAUACUUUUACUGUGUGGUACGGAUAAUUUUUUUCCUUCUCUUUCAGGGAUCAUGGAGGGGUUACUUGCGUUAUCGUGCGGCGCUAGAUGAGGUACUUAAGAAACUUAGGUGCGUCAGUAGCAAACUUUAGGGAAUCGUUGCCCAAAAAUUCCCUAUUAGGUGCCUACCUAGGUAGGUUGUUAGAUAAACUUUCAAUUUUCAAAUCUAUUAUCUUAGGCACCCGCCCGAUUUAAUACCGCCUUGACAUACAAAUCCGCCUCUUCAUAUAUCUAGCAAUCCCGGGGUUAUUGCGCAAUUCGGAACUCGUGUUAACCCUGCCCGCCAUGGCAUCCGAUGCAGACAGUACAGCGACUAUCGCAAGCCUUCGCGAGUCCCUCUGCUCCGAAGUUACCCCACUACCCGUCCGAUUCCGCGCCCUUUUCUCUCUCAAACAUCUUGCGCGCCACGAGACGGGCGACAACGCUCUUGCUGCAAUUGACGCCAUCGCAGCCGCUUUUACAUCGCCAUCGGCGCUCCUUAAGCAUGAAUUGGCUUAUUGUCUCGGCCAGUCGGCUAAUAUGGCUGCCGUUCCCUACCUCCAGAAGGUUUUAGCGGAUCUGCAAGAAGAUCCCAUGUGUCGACAUGAGGCCGCUGAGGCUUUGGGCGCUUUGGGUGAUUCUGGAAAUUUGGAUAUUCUACGUGAGUUUAGAGAUCGCGAGGGAGAAGAUGUCGUCAUCAAGGAAACCUGCGAAAUCGCUAUCGACAGAAUCGACUGGGAGAAUUCAGCACAACGAAAGGCUGAGAAGCUACGUCAAAGCGACUUUGCUUCGGUAGAUCCGGCUCCUCCGAUGCCUAAUUCCGACUCCGAGCAGACGGUGGAUGACUUGGAGAAGACCUUAAUGGAUGUAAACCAACCUCUCUUUCUCAGAUACCGCGCAAUGUUUGCGCUCCGUGAUCUUGCAUCUCCCCCAGACCUUCCAACUGCGGUCCCUGCUGUCCUUGCCUUAGCUAAGGGUUUCGCCGAUCCGUCGGCUCUUUUCCGUCACGAGAUCGCUUUUGUUUUUGGCCAACUCUCCCAUCCGGCUUCAAUCCCGGCUCUAACGUCUGCGCUGAGCAAUCUCGAGGAAGCUAGCAUGGUGCGACACGAAGCGGCCGAGGCACUCGGGAGCCUCGGUGAGGAAGAAGGGGUCGAGGAGACGCUGAAGCAAUUUCUUCACGACCACGAGAAGGUUGUACGCGACAGCAUCAUUGUAGCCUUAGACAUGGCGGAUUAUGAACAAUCGAAUCAGGCAGAGUAUGCCCUAAUCCCGGAGGCCCCAAAGGUAGCGGCAUAGAUGGUAGCAUGGGAUUGGCGUUACACUUAGGGUUGGUGAGGGAUACCAAAAAUUUAUGCGCUUGAUUUUUAAUUCGCACGACUUUGUCUUGGGUUCACCGUCACAUUGGGGAUAUAAAAAUCUACGGGGUAGCUUUCUGUUGAGAAUUCCUUAAUUGUUGGUAUUCCAUCUAGAUCGAGAUUCUCAGAUUAGUCGCACCCAAUGAGAUAAAUGAUAAUAGAGAAAGAAAUAACGUA